AUGAAGCCGGCCGCAGGCGUUCUUUCAACACUAUGUUUCCGUGCUGCCGGUAUCAAGCUCGCGGAAGCGACACCCAUCGUUGCAAACAACGCAACAACCGAUCAACGCUCGUUUUUCAGCGCACACCGCACGCUUGACAUUGGCGUGGCUGUAUCUGCACCCAGUGCGCAGCCGCCGUUGAAGCGGAUCCAUGACUGGUUACAAGUAUGGCUGACGCUACAGACAGACGUCGCCAUCGCAAGCGCUGUCUGCCCGCUGACAAGAGGCUGGAACGGCACCAAGUUGGCCAUGCCCAGAGCUGCUUCCAACUCCAAAGCACUUCAUCAUGAUUCCAUGGCAUUUGAAUACGUGUGA